AUGUUUGCCUAUUUCACGGGGAGUAUUUUUUUAGCUAUUUUCGUUACCGUUCUUGCAACAGACACAGUAAAUACAGACAUAGUUAAUAAUAAUGUAGACCGGGCGAUUGACAUUACUUCACAGCUCGUUAAAACCACUUAUAAAGUAACAAUGGAAAAUACUGGUAAAUCACCAGUAAAAACAUUUCAUUUUGCUAUGGAAAAAGACCUAAAGCCGAGCAUUUCCUUUAUUAGCUGCCAUUCGUUAGAGGGAAAAAAGAAUUUAAAAAUAUUAUUCACUAAUGUACAAGGACAUGAAGAUAAGCUAUUGUGGAAGGUGGAAUUAAAUAAUAAUCUUCAACCUGGAAAAUCGACUACUGUUGAAAUCGAAACCGUACUUACUCAUAAUUUAAAACCUUAUCCUGCAGCCAUAACUCAAAAAGAAAAACAAUUAUUGUUGUAUACCGGAAAUGCUUACUUCUACAGCCCUUAUAAAACACUUAAACAAGUUACAACUGUUAUGCUUGGAACAAAAAAUGUAGAAAAUUAUUCUAAAAUUAAACCUACCAGCCUUAGUGAUACCAAUGUAGUUUAUGGACCUUACAGUAAUGUAGAACCCUUUUCUAUUGAAAAAAUGGUUGUUCACUAUGAAAAUAAUUCUCCAUUUGUUACUGUCACAAAUUUGGAAAGAGUCAUUGAAGUAUCUCAUUGGGGAAAUAUUGCUAUUGAAGAAACUAUAAGUAUGGAACAUAAAGGAGCAUUGUUAAAAAAUUCAUUUUCAAGAUAUGAUUAUCAGAGAGAAUCGCAGUCAGGUUUAUCAAGUGUUAAAUCAUUUAAAACCAUUUUACCUGCAUCAGCAACAGAUGCUUACUAUAGAGAUGAAAUUGGAAACAUUUCAACUUCACACAUGAGAAUUCUUCCAGAUUCAGUAGAACUUGAUCUACGACCAAGAUUUCCAUUAUUCGGUGGAUGGAAAACGAAAUACACAUUGGGCUACAAUGUACCCAGUUAUGAAUACCUGUACAAUUCUGGAAAUCAAUAUUUAUUGAAGCUAAGAAUACUUGAUCACAUAUUCGAUGAUAUGGUAGUUGAAAAUUUAAUAACCAAAAUAAUUUUACCAGAAGGAACGACAAAUGUUAAAUUGAAAACUCCUUAUCAAGUUCAAAGGUUGCCUGAUGAAUUGCAUUUUACAUAUUUAGAUACAUCUGGCAGGAAAGUUAUUAUAUUGAAAAAAGAUAACCUUUUACACAUUCCCAAAAGUUUUGAUGCUUCAGGAGCCGCUUUUAGCCAUAGCUGCAUUUUAUAUAAUGUUUCUAUUGGUAAUAAUUUAUGUACGACUAGAUUUUUCAAUUACCAAACAUGA